AUGGCAGUUACAGCUACAAAGAAUAUCACUCAGAACAAGGGUAAUGGGACGUCGAAAGCCUCUAAAGCAGCUUCCACUUCUUCUGCUUCGAGCACCGCAGGUGGUGGUGCUGCCGCUGCUGCUGCUGCGAGUGCUGCUGGUGCCAGAUUUCGUCAACGUAAAAUAUCUACCAAACAACCUUUAACCAUAUAUCGACAGAAGGACCUUCCUAGUGUGGAUAUUAAUAGUGAGUUAGAACAAAGUCAUGUGCAUCAUUUGUAUAAUGGUGCCAGUGGCGGUGUAUCACUGUCUGGAACAGCAGUACAAAAGAGAGACUUACAUGCAAUGGAAACUGGGGUAGAUAAGAAUGAAGAAGAUGAAGUACACUUACAACAGGUCAUCAAUGCUGCUCAGCAAGCAUUGACCAAUGAAUCCAAGAAACAAGGAGAAUCUUCAGAAGCCCAAGUUUAUAUUCCAACGCCUGAUGCUUCAAAAGUAUGGCCUGACGCUUACAAAUAUUAUGGAGAUGUGAAGUACUUAGAACCUGAUUCUUAUGUUAAAUUCAGUGCAACGGUAGAGGAUACGGUUGGAGUUGAAUAUAAUAUAGAUGAAGUUGAUGAGGAAUUUUUGACGAAAUUGAAUAACGGAGUUAAGAACCAAUGUUCGGAAUUAGAAUUUGAACUUGUCUGUGACAAGUUUGAGAAAUUAAUCGAAGAGAAGCAACCAUUUCUUUCUAUGGAUCCAUCCAAUAUUCUUAGCUUCAAGGAAUUAUCUGGUUAUAUCCUAGAUGAAUACAAUAGCUCAGGUAAAUUUACCUCGACCACCAAUUAUAUUCUGACGAUAUCAUUAAAAGACAGAUUGUCUAAGGAAUUACAGUAUAAACCAUUUGUCACUCAGUUUGAUAAGCCGAAUCCAGAAGGCACCAAGGAACCACGAACUGUGGCAAAACUAUUGAUCUUAUUUGGUGAAAAGAUAUAUAAUCAUUGGAAGGUUAGAAAGAUAGAAAGACGAGGGAAAUCAAUUGUUCCAUCUUUGAAAUUUGAAGAUCCCAAUGCAACGGAAAAGGAUAACGACAAUGAUCCUUAUAUUUGUUUCCGUAGAAGAGAAUUCAGGCAAGCUCGUAAGACUCGACGUGCAGAUACAAUUGGUGGAGAGAGAAUUCGUUUACUUCAAAAAUCAUUACAUAGAGCAAGUGAUUUGGUUAUGUCUGUAUGUAAAAGAGAAAUCUUGAAAUUACAGAGUUUGGAGUCGGAGAAUGAAAUUUUUAAGUUACGUUGUGAAGGUAAGUCAUUGAAACGAACUGUGGGUGUUAAGGGCGAUGACUAUUUAUACUAUCCUCAUAAACGGAAGAAAGAAAUCAAGCCGAAGCCAAAGGAGGAAGAAACUAUUUCAAAGGGAUCUUCAAGUCACAAUCAGGGACUGCAACAAUCAAGGAAAGAUCACAGUCAUUCUCAUACCCCCAAUCUUGCCGCUACAGGUGUUAAUGCUGCUAAUAACAAAAGCAUUCCUAAUAUUCAAGACCAGACUUCAUCUACGCAACCAUAUGUUAAAUUACCACCUUCUAAAAUUCCUGAUAUGGAUCUUGUUACUGUCUCGUUAGUAUUAAAAGAAAAGAAUGAAACUAUAAAGAGAGCAGUGUUGGAAAAGUUACGGAAAAGGAGAGAAAUGGACAAAGGUUAUAUUAAUGCAACGGAUGAUCCUUAUGAACCAUAUUUCAAUAUAUCAACUAAAGAGGUUCAAGAAUUAAGUCAUAUUCCAUAUUCCUCUGUUGCUGCAUCGAGUUUCCAUGAAUUUAUUACUUCCAAUUAUAUUGACAACUCCAUGAAGAGUUAUUUGGAUGAAGGGGAGAAGCCUUUACCGCUGAUGAAGACGUUCAAGGGCUCAACGGGAGAAUUGGCACCUUCCAAGCCAUUUCCUCAUUUACAAACGUUUAUGGAGAGCGAGAUGAGUACAAAUAGUGAAGGAUAUGUUGCUCAAUUACUCCAUAAUAUUGAAACUAAUAAUUUCAGUGCUUAUUCCAAUGGAUAUGGCCAAACGAUUCAAAAUAGUUCGUAUGGUGGCCAAAUACAAGGUGAACUUUCAGAACCAAUAUUCAAAUUGCGAAAGAGAAUAGGACGUGGAGGCAUGUAUAUUGAUAGGCGGGGACUUUUCAAAGGAGAUGUUGAAAGGUUUAUGGACAUGGAUGUUGAUUCUGAAGAUAAUUCAGUGACACCAACAGCAUUUCCAGAAUCGUAUAAAUGUAAGGAAGAUUCAUUGAAACGAUUAGAAUCUCGAUGGAGAUUUGAUAAUGAUUUAUCGGAGAAUGAAGCUGGAUUAGAGAGACCAUUUAGUCUUGAUCCCUCCAAGUUGAAUUGUAUCAGUGAUGAUACGCAAUCCAUAAGGUUUGGGUCUAUGUUAUUAGCCAAAUCGUAUGAUCUUCUUCGAGAAGCUGUUCAACAGAAACAGCAAGUGUUUAUGCAGCAACGGAUGAGAGCUCUUCAGCACCAAUCUGGUAGCAGCAAUAGCAGCAAUAGCAACAGCAAUAAUGCUUUAUAUUCCCAACAAAUGAAGAUCAUGAAGCAAGGUGGGGCCUCAAAUUCCAAGAGUCCAACAGCAACAGCAACAGCCAAUCUGGUGGAGCAGAAGAAGUCAUCUACUACUUCUGCUUGA